CGUUGUUGUAAUAAUUGUUGCCUUCAUUUAUUUUUGUUUCAAUAAUAUCACGAAUAUUUUGCAUAAAUAACUAUUAUAGAAUGAGACACUUUUGACACAAUUGUAUGUCUUUUGAGAGUGCGAGUUGUGACGCGGGACCGUGAGAGAUGGAGACGAGUGCCGAGUCUGGCAGCAUGUCGCCGGCGCGCGUGAAGCUGGAGCCCGAGGCGGACCAGUCGGAAAUGAGCAUUGUUAAAGAAGAAGCUGUAUUCCUGGAUGAAGAGGAGCGUGUGAAGGAGGAGUGGUCGGACAGCACGGCUGGGCUCGGCGUGAGCGAGGCAGCCAUGCUGGCCGACUUGUACAUCGAGCACGAGGUGAAGGACGAGCUCGUGCUGGGGCCGGAGCGCCCGCACCGCCCCGUAGUCGCCCCGGCCGCGCUAUAUAAUCGUGUCGCAGCGUCCGCUCUCGUCUCCCCUGCUGCGGUGUCGGGUGUGCGCCGCUCGUGCUCGGUCAGGCUGGAGCGCCUGCUGGUGGACGCGGCGCGGCGCACCUGCCGGGUCGCGCGCCGCACGUACAAGCUGCGCGCCGCCGAGCCCGCACACACACCCAGCGCCAUCGCCACCGGCUAUCAGUGUCACCAUUGCGGCAAAUGGUUCAGGAACAAGUUGGUACUGAAGAUACACGUAAACACUCACUCAGAUGAGAAGCCUUUUAGCUGUAGCCACUGUAACCUCAAGUUUAGAAGGAAAGACCAGUUAAAAGUUCACCUAAUGGUCCACACGGGUGAGAAGCCUUACAACUGUAGUCACUGUGCCUACAAAAGUAAAUCAAAAUAUAAUUUACAGAAUCAUCUAAUGACUCACACAAAUGAGAAACCUUUUACUUGUAGCCACUGUGGCUACAAGUGUAGCAAAAAAUACCAGAUACGAAGGCACCUAAUUACACACACAGGCGAAGAGCCUUUCAGUUGUAAUCAAUGUGACUACACAUGUAAAAAAAAACAAGAGUUAAGAAUCCACCUAAUGACACACACAGGCGGGAUGCUUUUUAGUUGUAACCAAUGUGACUUCAAGUGUAGAAGAAAAUACAAGUUUAAAAUUCACCUAAUGACUCACACAGGCGAGAUGCCUUUUAGUUGUAACGAAUGUGACUUCAAGUGUAGAAGAAAAUACGAGUUACCAAUGCACCUAAUGACACACACAGGCGAAAAGCCUUUCAGUUGUAACCACUGUGAUUACAGGUGUAGCAGAAAAUACCUGUUAAAAAUUCACGUAAUGAUUCACACCGGCGAAAAGCCUUAUAGCUGUACCCAGUGUGACUACAAGAGUAAAACUAAAGCAGAAUUACGAAAGCACCUAAUCGUUCACGUAGACGAGAAGCCUUUCAAUUGUAGCCACUGUAGCUACAAGAGUAAAACUAAAGCAGAAUUACGAAAGCACCUAAUCGUUCACGUAGACCAGAAGCCUUUCAACUGUAGCCACUGUAGCUACAAGUGUAGUUUAAAAACAGCUUUACUGCAGCACCUAAGGACUCAUACAGACGAGAAGCCUUUCAGCUGUAGCCACUGUAGCUACAAGUGUAGAUUUAAAACAGGUUUACGGCAGCACCUAAUGACUCACACAGACGAGAAGCCUUUCACCUGUAGCCACUGUGAUUGGAACUUUAGAACAAAAGCACAUUUACAGAGGCACCUGAUGGUUCACACUGACGAGAAGCCUUUCAGUUGUAGCCACUGCAGCCAAAAAUGUAGGUCAAAAGAAGAUUUGCGGAGGCACUUGAUGACUCACACAAACGAGAAGCCUUUCGGCUGUAGCCAUUGUGAUUACAAGGGUAGAAGGAAAGCACAUUUACGGCAACACCUGAAGACUCACUCAGAUGUGAAGCAUUUAGGGUAAGCCGCUAUGGGUGUGGGUUGCCUCGUAUGUGUUGUGCAGCCGCUGUUAAUACAAGUGUAGAAGAACAUACCGGUUACCAAUUAACCUAAGAACUUUUACGGACACACACUGGUGAAAAACGCUCUUAACACUUUCAUUUUCAGGCCGAAAUCUAAGUUCAUUGCUGAACGCGCACUCGAUGAAUAAACCACGGUACACGCCAAGAACUGCGGAGUCCAAUUAUUUUUAUGCCGUAUGCCGUCGACUUCCCUAGGGAGUCCAGGGCUGUCACAACAGGCGAAAAUUGCCAACGCCCAUAUACAUAAUUUUAGUUUGCAAAGUGAUGUACGUUCCCAUUGAGGGUCCACGUUAGAAUUUCGGGCUUUUCAAUGUGUCAGUCUCUAGUAAAAGUUCUCAAACGAUUGUAAAUUCAACCAAUAAUUUGUAAAAGUAGGCACUCAUAAGUUACAUUCGGUUAAAGGUGGACAUGUCAGUCGCGCAUGUCAGGUAUCCAUAUUUCAUAAUCCAACUUAAAUUUUCAACUUCUGUUAAUGACUACUCUUAGUAAAAGAUUUGUAAAACUAAUUUCAUUAAUUGUGACUCCUUUCUGCUAACUCAAUACGAAAAAAUGGCAUGCAGAAUGUGGUCCCUCAAUUGAUCGCGAUAAGUUCACAUUAAGAGAGAACAAUAAUAUUAUUUAAAAUAUAGGUGUGACUGAGAGACCAGUGAGAGUUAGUAAAGGUACUCGAAACAUUGUAAAUUCAAGCUUUAGUUUGUAAAAGAUGCCAUUCAAAAGUUUCAAUCGAUUAAAGGUGUUCCCUCAAUUGAAACGUUUGUCAUAAAAAUAAAUAAAUUUUCGUAACAUUUGGUUGUUAAAGAGACAAUUGCUAUAGUUCACUCGUUAGUAAAAAAUACCGUUUUACUUAAAAUAAUAAUCAAAUGCCUGCGAAGAAAUACUUCGGGCCAGGUGACCACAGAUCAGGAUUUUGAUGGAUAUAUAAAAUGGAUACCUGACAUGCACGACUGAGGGUCCACCUUUAACCGAAUGUAACUUUUGAGUGCCUACUUUUACAAAUUAUUGGUUGAAUUUACAAUCGUUUGAGAACUUUUACUAAAGACUGAUACAUUCAGAAGCUCGAAAUUCCAAUGUGGACCCUCAAUGGGAACGCACGCACAUUGCAAAGUGAACAUAUUAUACAAUUACAUAGAGGUAUUUCGCAUACCUACCAUUAAUAUCUAGGUUAUUAUUAUUACUUUGGCUGCAUAAUACAAACAUUUAAAUAACAUUUCAUUCUAAUCCUAAACUAACCUAACCUAACCACAAAAUUAAAAUUUUAAAAAACCCCCGAC